GUCAUGAGGCUACGGAAGUCAGGUAACUUAGUUAACCUAAAAAUAACCGAACUGUCAUCGCUUAACUUAGUGAAUAGCGUCUUAUCUGUUAAUUCUUUCCUUGAGCUUCUGAGCCCGUCCUGGCGCUUGACUACUAACAAUCCACAUUUCCCAGAUUUAAAACCAGCUUUGAGGAACAUUCUUCUUUUCUGACACGACAAGUCGGUAAGGACGCGUUGACUGGAUCUUUGUCGAUAUGCCUCCAAAGAAGCCGAAGGGCGCAACGGCAAACAUCUCCAGCUCCAUCGAGUCUGAGGACAUCAGUCUGGAGACAACAGUCCCCACAGAGGACAUAUCGUCUUCGGAUGAGAAAGAUGGCGCAGGGAAGGUCACAAAACAGCUUCUAGAAAGAAAAGAGCUGCUUCAUAACCUUCAAAAACUGAAGAUAGAUCUGUCACAGAAAAAUCUGCUCAUAGACAAUCUCAAAGUGGACCACCUUACCAAAAUAGAAGAGCUGGAGGAAAGGCUGAACGAUGCUCUCCAUCAAAAACAGGUGCUCGCUCUGCGUCUGGACAGCCAGCUCAAACUCCAGCAGGAUGAAAACAGGAAGCAGCAAGCCCUGAGGAAGCAGGAGAUGGACACCAUCAUGCUCAGACAGAAGCAGCUGGAAGAGACGAACCAUCAGCUGUGUGAUCGAGCAGGUGACCUCCGCAGGAGCCUGAGGGACCUGGAGCUGUCUGAGGAGAAGUACAUUGAGCUGAAGGAACUGACUGAGGACAAACUCACCAUCCCUGAAUAUGUGGCGAUUCGGUUCUAUGAGGUCGUGAACCCUCUGAGGGCUCUUGCGACUGAGCUGCAGGUGAAAAAGGCUAACCUGACCGAGGAUCUGGACAGUCACCGCAACCAAAUUAGAUCACUAAUGGAGAGUUAUGAGGAAGAGAGGAGAGCACGCUCCGAACUGGAGAUCCGCUGUCAGAGACUCACGCUAGAACUUGCUGACAGCAAGCAGCUUAUUCAGGAAGGAGACUACAAACGAGAGAACUAUGAUAAAAUCAAACGAGAGAGAGAUGAGAAUGAAACUGAGGUGAGAGAGUUGAGGAAGAAGUUAGAAAUACUGGACCUCACACACACUGCCCUGACCAAAGAGAGGAAUGAGCUACAUAAAGAGGUAGCUACUCUGCAGCAGUCUGUAACAUUGAUGCAGAAGGACAAGGAAUAUCUAAAUAAGCAGAACAUGGAGCUUAAUGUGCGCUGUGCUCAUCAAGAAGACCGUCUGGACAGACUGCAGACCCAGCUUGAGGACACAAAGAAGGCCAGGGAAGAUGCCUAUGAAAAAUAUGUUGCUUCUAGAGAUCACUAUAAGACAGAGUAUGAAAACAAACUGCGUGAUGAACUGGAGCGCAUUCGAAUGAAGACCAGUCAUGAGAUCGAGAGCCUGCAGAGGGCAUCUAAAGAGAUGUAUGAGAGAGAGAACAGAAACCUUCGUGAAACCCGAGAUAAUGCUGUCAUUGAGAAAGACAGAGCAUUGAAUGCAGAAAGAGAUUCCCAAGCCAAAUAUGAUCAACUUUUAGACCAGUUCAGGCAGCUGCAGCUGGGUUCAGACAGCAGGGUGGCAGAACUGCUUAACCAGGUGAAGCUGAAAAAGUUUGAGUUGGAGCGUUCCCAGAUGGUCCAGGAGGAGACCGCCAGGAACCUCAGCCUUUGUCAAAUUGAGUGUGAGAAACACCAGAAAAAACUGGAGGUUCUAACAAAAGAGUUUUACGGGCUUCAGACAUCAUCAGACAAACGCAUCACAGAACUGCAAGCUCAGAAUUCUGAAAGGCAAGCACGACUGGAGACAUACGAGCGAUUGGAAAAGGAGCUGGACGAUGUUACCAUGCAGGCUGCAGAGAUUGAAAAUGAAGAUGAGGCAGAGAGGGUGCUGUUUUCAUAUGGUUAUGGUGCAAACAUUCCAACAACUGCUAAGAGAAGACUGAAGCAAAGUGUUCACUUGGCACGUAGGGUUCUGCAGCUGGAGAAACAGAAUACGCUGCUUCGGAGAGACCUGGAAAGACAUACGGCGCACAGCAGCCAGAUCUCUGAAGAGUUGGAGGCAGCCAACCAGCUUCUUCAGCAGGCCCAGCAGCCACACAGCUACCUGAUUGAGACCGUACGGCAGAGAGACACCCAGAUCCACACACUGAAAGACCGUCUCACGCAGUUAGAGGAGGAAGUGAGUGCACUGCGGAAAGAGAAGAAUGCACUACUGCAGGUGAAAAACAACAUGGCUGCUGAUUUGGAGAGACUCCUGAACCACAGAGAGGAACUUUCCGUCAUGAAGCAAGUCCUUAUUAGCAUGCGCUCACAGCAGCACGGUGGACCUCUGUCUCUCGAGGCCGAUGGUACGGGGACCGCUGUUCACAGACCCAAAGUUUUAAAAAGCACAGAUGAGGAGCAAUACAACUAUGGGCCCAAACCCACAGUGUUUACCAAUAAAGAAGUCCCAGAAUGGUAUAGAAAACUCAAACGGAAAACCAAGUAGGGACUUGUUCAACUUGUUUAAGAGUUUAAGGAUGCUCCAUGUCAUGCAAUCACUGAUGAACUCUGUUUAAGUUUAAGACCUAUUACAUAACUAGUUACACAGGUUUGUUGUGUAGUCAUUGUAAACCUAAAACUAUGAUUUAUUUUAAUAGUAAUAAACCAUUGUAUGUUGU